AUGGGGUCGCAGGUCCUCCAGAUCUUACGCCAGGGCGUCUGGGCUUCGCUGACCGGCGGCUGGUUCUUCGACCCGCAUCAAAGCACUUUCUCCAACUGCUUUCACCUCUACACCUGGAUCUUUCUGCUCGUCCUCCCUUUCCUGCUGUACAUGGUGAUGCCCCCCAGCAUCAUGGUGGCGGGAAUUUACUGCACCGUGGUGGCCGUCUUUUUCACCACGGUCAAAACCGUCAACUACCGUCUCCACACCAUGUUUGACCAAGGGGAGAUAGUGGAAAAAAACUCCAUCCUGGUAGAAUCUGGCAAGGCCGACGAGAGAGACACUGCGGAGGACGACAAUAUGACCAGGGAUCCCGGAGGAGUCGAGAUGACCGUUUUCCGUAAAGUAAGCUCCACUCCGCCGGUGAGGUGCAGUUCGCAGCAUUCGGUCUUCGGCUUCAACCAAGUCAUGGAUCUGCUGCCCCACUUGGAAGACGGAGGCCCCAUCCGAGACAUCAAGGAGCUCGUCCGGGAGCAGGGAAGCAACAAUGUCAUUGUGACUGCCGCUGACCGGGACAUGCUUCAGAGCUGCUCCCCGGAAAGUCAGGGUGACCUCAGGAAGCAGCCCCCGUCCCUCCCCAUCCAGACCUCCCUCCAGAGCACCGAUUCCUCCGAACAGUCCCCCCCGGGCAGGGAAGGGGCACAGGCUCCCCAUUGGACCCCCAGCGAGUCGGAGAGCGUGGGGGACACCCCGCUCAGCCCUCUGCUCAAGGGCACCUUAAGCGAGGAGCUUAGCCACAGUUUCCUCAGCCUGGCCCUGCCGGAGUCCAGCAGCCACGGCCGGCGGGAGAAGCACCACUCCGGGGCCGAGUACCAGCCGCUGGAGCCCCGGCCCGACGGCCCCCGCCCGGCCGGCUCGUCCGACAGCUGCUUCAGCGGCACCGACAAGGAGACCCCCAGCACCCUGAGCAGCUACCGCAGCGAGAAAACCAACUCCACCCACUUGGACAGCCCCUCCUUGGGGGCCGGCCCCGAAGAGGGGGUCCCCGGGGAGGAGGCCGGGCCCUCCUCGCCUCCCCCAGCCGACGGGGGCAGCGACACGGACGCCCUGUCCGACAGCGAGCUGCUUCGCUCGCCCGAGCUGGCUUUCCUGGGGGAGCUCAGCUUUGACACCCAGAACACGUUCAACUCCCUGGAGACGGUCAAAGGGGACGGCGAGGUGUGGGGCGCCCCCAAGCCGGAGCAAGUGGUCCGGCCGAAGGAUUUGGGGCUGAAGAGCCGGCCUCGCCUCUCUCGGAAGCACGGCAGCAGCUACCUGCCCAUGCGCACCCUCCUGGACAGCAAGGCCUACACCGAAGGGUUCUUCGCCGACGAGGAUUCCAGCGACUGCAGCGAUCUGAGCCGGGCCUCGAGUCUACACUCGCAACACAACUACAGCUCGGACAGCUCUUCCAGCACCUCCUGCUACUCCCCCGAGCGCCACGCCCCGGCCCAGCACGGCGGCAGGCACGGGGUCCCCUUGGCCGAGACCAAGCCCCCGCCUCCGCCGGACAGCUGCGCGCUGCCCCCCAAGCCCUCCCAUUACGCCCAGCGCACCGGGAGCACCACCAGCGCCAAGACCCACGCCAGGGUGCUCAGCAUGGACGGCAGCAGCCAGCUGGCCGACGGGAAGCCUCCGGGCGCCCUCACCGUCUCCAAGUCGGACUUGGAAGCCCACGCGGGGAAGCUGGCCGGGGAGCAGGAGCUGGGCAGCACCGUGCGCAGCCAGUCAGCCAACCAGCCCGGCUGGCGGGGGGAGCUGCAGGCCGAGGGAGCCAUCGGAGGAGCUGCCGUCGGGGAGGACCUGCCCAAGUCGGAGCAGUCCAGCAACAUCAAGCGCGUGCAGGCGAUGCGCCGGAGGCACAACGCCGGCAGCAACCCCACCCCUCCGUCCUCCGUCAUGGGGUCCCCCCCGAGCUCUUUGCAGGACCUCCAGCGGGGCCGAGCGUCCUCCCACUCCCGGGCGCUCACCCUGCCCUCGGCCCUCCAGUUCGCCAGCUCGCUGCUGCUGCCCCGGGGCGCCAUCCACGAAGCCUGCAACUUCGACGACACGUCGGACGGGGCGGUCCACUACUUCUACGAUGAGAGCGGAGUCCGACGUUCCUACACUUUUGGGCUUGCCGGAGGCGGCUACGAGAAUCCAAUGAGCCAGCAAGCGGGCAUGGAACACACCACCAACAGCGGCUGGGAGAGACACUCGCAUUCCUCCAGUUUCAACUCCGCAGAAGUUCCCGAAGGGACCCCGGCCCUCUCCCUGCUGCAGCCGCGGCCUGUGGUCCUCCAGGGUAUGCAGGUCCGCCGGGUCCCCCUGGAGAUCCCCGAGGAAAACACCUUGAUGAUUGAGGACAAGUGUCACCCUCGACAAUACUACAAAUUUUGGCUUCUUCCCGGGCACUGGAUGCGAGUUCGCUACGACCGGUUGGCGCUGCUGGCUCUUUUGGAUCGGAAUCGUCAAGUAGCCGAGAACGUCUUUGUGGUGUUUUUGGUGAGCCUGGUGGCCUUCCUGGGCUACCUCCUCUUGCUCCAGGGCUUCUUCCGGGACAUCUGGGUCUUCCAGUUCUGCGUGGUCAUCGCUAGCUGCCAGUACUCUCUGCUCAAGAGCGUACAGCCAGAUGCUGCCUCUCCCAUGCAUGGCCACAACUGGAUUAUUGCCUACAGCCGGCCGGUGUACUUCUGCGUGGCUUGCCUCUUGAUUUGGCUGCUGGACCUGUGUGCUCGGAUCGGGCCCUUCCCUCCCGUCGUCCUUUACGACGUCACCCUUUUCUCCACCGACUUCUUCUACUGCACCCGUGACGUGGCUAUUGUGUUCACUCUUUGCUUCCCAGCCAUUUUCCUCUUUGGGCUUCUCCCACAAGUCAACACCUGCUUCAUGUACCUUCUGGAACAGGUCGAGAUGAACGUCUUCGGCGGGACAGCUGCCACAAGCCCCCUCACCGCCUUGUUCGCCCUGCUCCGCAGCAUCCUUGUGGCCGGCCUCCUGUACGGAUUCUGCCUGGGAGCCAUCAAGGUUCCGUGGGGUGACCAGCACGUGCCGGUCCUCUUUUCCGUCUUCUGCGGCGUCCUGGUGUCCCUGUCCUACCAUCUCAGCCGUCAGAGCAGCGACCCCACCAUCCUCUGGUCUCUGAUCCGCACCAAGAUUUUGCCCGAGUUUGAGAACCGCAACGUGGACGACCCCCCGGUUGGCGUGAAGGAUCCCCUGCCGGAGAAACUGCGCAGUUCCCUGCGCGAGAUCCUUCACUCGGACCUCGUCAUGUGCUUCAUCAUCGCGGUGCUGACCUUCGCCAUCAGCGCCAGCACCGUCUUCAUCGCUCUCGAGUCUGUCCUGGGCUAUGUGCUCUACGCCCUGGCGGGGCUGAUCGGUUUUGUCACCCACUACCUCCUGCCCCAACUCCGGAAGCAGCUGCCGUGGUUUUGCCUCUCCCAGCCCGUCCUGAAACCGCGGGAAUACAGCCAGUUUGAAGUCCGCAGCGCUGCUGAGUUGAUGUGGUUUGAGAAGCUCUACGCCUGGCUGCAGUGCGUCGAGAAGUACGUCAUCUACCCAGCUGUGGUGCUGAACGCCCUGACGAUCGAUGCCCACUGGGUCAGCAGCCCCCGGAGGCAGGGUUUACAUUGCCGAGCUCUUCUCCUCACCGUGGCCGGCAUGAAACUUCUGCGGGGUUCCUUCUGUUGCCCCCCCCAACAGUAUGUCACCCUGGGCUUCACCGUCCUCUUCUUUCAGUUUGACUACAAACAAUAUUCGGAGGGUUUCCUCACCGACUACUUCAUCAUGUCGAUUCUCUUUAGCAAGCUGUGGGAUCUUUUGUACAAGCUUCGGUUUGUGCUUACCUACAUCGCCCCCUGGCAGAUCACCUGGGGCUCCGCCUUCCACGCCUUUGCCCAGCCCUUCGCCGUGCCACAUUCAGCCAUGCUUUUCCUCCAGGCUGUUCUCUCCGCGCUGUUCUCCACUCCUCUCAACCCAUUGCUGGGCAGCGCCGUGUUCAUCAUGUCUUACGCGCGCCCUGUCAAAUUUUGGGAGCGCGAUUACAACACCAAGAGGGUGGAUCAUUCGAACACCCGUCUGGCUACACAGCUUGACCGCAACCCCGGUGCCGACGACAACAAUCUGAACUCCAUCUUCUACGAGCAUCUGACCCGCUCGCUGCAGCACACCCUGUGCGGAGACCUGCUGUUGGGGCGCUGGGGCAAUUACACCACGGGGGACUGUUUCAUCCUGGCCUCGGACUACCUGAACAGCCUGGUCCACCUCAUCGAGAUCGGCAACGGCCUGGUCACCUUCCAGCUGCGAGGCCUCGAAUUCCGCGGCACGUACUGCCAGCAGCGGGAGGUCGAGGCCAUCACGGAAGGUGUGGAGGAGGACGAAGCCUGCUGUUGCUGCGAACCCGGCCAUCUUCCCCGCAUGCUGAGCUUCAACGCGGCCUUCGGGCAGCGGUGGCUCGCCUGGGAAGUAGCCGCCACCAAGUACGUCCUGGAGGGCUACAGCAUAAGCGACAACAAUGCCGCCUCCAUGCUCCAGGUGUUCGACCUGCGGAAGAUCCUCAUCACUUACUACGUGAAGAGCAUCAUCUAUUACGUGACCUGCUCUCCGAAGCUGGAGGAGUGGAUGGGGAACGAAGGCAUCCAGGAAGCCCUCCGGCCGUGCACCGCCCUCAACUACGCCGACAGCGACCCCACCUUCAACCUCAACAUCGACGAGGACUACGACCACCGCAUGGCGGGCAUCUCCCUGGCUUCUUUCUGCAACAUCUACCUCGACUGGGUUCAGUACUGUGCCGGGCGCAGGGAGAAAGCCGUGGACCGGGAGUGGAAUUCCCGCCUGGUCACCCUGUGCUUCGGGCUCUGCAUCCUGGGGCGCAGAGCCCUGGGAACCGCCUCCCACAGCAUGUCAGACCACUUCACCUCCCCGGAUGAAUACGACGACCCAGCGGUGCUGUACGAUGCCAUUAAGUCCAACAAGGAGAAAAUGGUGAUUUCCCAUGAGGGGGACCCCGCUUGGCGCAGCGCCAUCCUCACCAACACGCCCGCCCUGCUGGCCCUUCGCCACGUGAUGGACGACGCCAGUGAUGAGUACAAGAUCAUCAUGCUCAACAAACGAUACCUGGGCUUCCGGGUCAUCAAGGUGAACAGGGAAUGCGUGCGAGGCUUAUGGGCUGGACAGCAGCAGGAGCUGGUCUUCCUCCGGAAUCGGAACCCAGAACGCGGCAGCAUCCAGAACGCCAAGCAGGCGCUGCGCAACAUGAUCAAUUCCUCCUGCGACCAGCCGAUCGGUUACCCCAUCUACGUUUCCCCGCUGACCACGUCUUACGCCAGCAGCCACCCUCAGCUGCGCUCGCUCUGGGGCGGCCCCGUCAGUUUGCACAACAUCUCCAGCUGGUUCAUCCGGAGCUGGGAGAGGUUGCAAAAAGGCUGCGGAGCGGGCUGCAACAGCGGAGGCAACAUUGAGGAUUCAGACUGUGGUGGGGGCUCCUCUCUCAGCAAUAACCCCCCCGGGCACAGCGCACAGGGGCCCGGGAGCACGGCUCACAACGCUGGGCCGGCAGCUGCCAACCCCACCGAGCCGGGGGCCGCGGCUGCCCAAUCUCAGGCAGAAUCCGAUCCCAGCCUUCCUCCUCCGAGCCAGUGCUGGCUGGUCCAGCCCCAGCUAAGCCAGACCGACGGGCAUCCCGCGCCGACCCCCGCUGCAUCCUGGCCACCGGGCCCACAUUUCCUGGGAAGCCAGCUUUCCUGCGCCAGCUCCUUGGCCUCCGUGGCUGAGGGCACAGGACGUACCCCUCUGCCCCUCCGCCCCAGCCUCGGGACUCUCUCGCCCUUUGUCUACGAGGGCCUCUGUAGCAAGUGGAGCCUGCCAGCCCGCAAAGGACUGAACGGGUUAGGGGGCAGCGAGAGCGAAUUCCCACCUGGGACUCCGCCACCCCACACAAAGGACAACUCCUCAAUAGCAUCUAAUGCUGUUGCCACCUUGGGGACACUCAGCAUUGGAGGGAGCCCUAAACCUCAGGCUCCCAUCCCAGGACCAGUCCCCGAGGCUGCCACCAGCACCCCCAGCCCACUGCCUCUGGAACCCCCCUCCGCUGCCCCCCAAGAAGACACUGUGCCCCCCGAGCCUGACCCUCUGGUGGCUGAAUGGGUCCUGCAGCGAGAGGACGAGGACAGCCCCGCGGCCGGACAGCCCCUUCUGGAUCAUCAGUACUGA